AAGGCGAUGGAUGAGUGGGGAUGUAGAAAAGGAGAGGAAGCAAACCCUUAAUGCAGGAAUUCGAUGUGGACGAGCUCGGUUUGCCCUAAGGAACUUGUAAUACAGAUGCGAAGAUUUCUGUUUGUAUUCCGGUGCUUUGAUGCAACAGUGCUGUAACCACAUCACAUCACUCCCUCAGAUAUCGCCGAUGCGAAACAUGCGCUCUGCAGCACCGAUGUAUAGUAAUUAGUCGUACUGGUAGUCUCCGUGCUGAGACAAGAUUCCACAGCUUCAAAACCCCGCAGGUGUAAAUUCCUAGUACUCCGUCGCUUGCUCGGAGCUCCAAAGUGUAACGUGUAUUGUACUCCAUUCUCCGCACCUAAUUGGAGCACGCACCAAGAUAUCAGCGCCGUCCAAGCGGCUCUUCACAAUGCCCUCUUUAUGCCGAGAGUAUCCCAAAUUCCAAUUCCGGACCUGGCUCGGACAAGCGCAGAUCAGACCGCGAACGCAGCAGAGUGUUUGUGUUUGCUACUCCUGCUUUUUCCCUCAAGCUCGCGUCGGAUGCGGAUAUACCCUCGGACGCUCACGGCUCAUCCUCCGGCUUGCGAUCGCCCUCUCCUCAAGAAAUCGAAGUUACUUUGUGUUUGUACUCGCUCGUCGGGAUGAUCGCGCUGGUGAUGCUGGCUCUCGCUCUCGCGUUUUGCGGCUGCGUCAGCGGCUGCGGAUCAAUCGGCGGGCGCGAGAGGUGCUGCGAGGAGGCAAGAGGUCUCAUCGUCUGCGGACUUGGCUGGAGAGGCGAGGGAGAGGAAGAUGUUGUUGUUCGGUCUAUGUGACCCGCACCUGGAACGACGCUGAAGAGUUCGUGGAGGGUACAGUCGCGUCGAAACAUGCCCAUGCGGUGCCUGCUGUAGGUGAGGCCUGGUCUCUGCUUGCCCGGAUGGAGACCUCGGUGGCUGUAAAUUCAUCUCAUGCGGUUGCUGCGUGCUGUGCCCUCUUUGAGGGUGUUUGCUCGUUGCUGCUGGGCUUGACGUCGGGCUCUCUGGGCGUAACCGCAGCCGCCGUGGCUCGUGGCUCAUGGCGCUCGAGAAGCGCUGGAGGGUUCUUCAGGCCGGGUGCUGGCACUUUGUCUCGCUGCUCUCUCGCUGCUGGGGGAACGAGAGAUGGGGAUUCUGAUUUCAUUCUUGUUUUGCGCAUUCCGGCCCUGUGGAGCUACUCAGGGUGCUGCUCGUGA